AUGCAUUCCGCAAUUCGUCCCAAUCAAUUCGUCUACUUGCGACUACCCUCAGACUCUACCAAAGUCAUCAAGAUAGUCCCGAACACAUUGAUAAAUCUGGGAAAGUUUGGCGCUUUCCCCGCAAACCAGAUCAUCGGACGACCAUUCUACCUGACCUUCGAGAUCCUCGAAACCCCAGGCGAAGCCAAUAAUAGCACUUACCUGCGCGUGGUGCCUGCCGCCGAACUCCAUGCAGAAUCGCUAAUCACAGAAGGCGAGGGAGAUGAUGAGGUCGAGGAGAAUGAAGAGGGGGUCCCCCUGCGCACCAAUCGCGACACCAUCGACGAUGCAUCGACGCAAAAAUUGACCUUGGAGGAGAUCGAAGCGCUGAAGAAAGAAUCCACAGGUGCGGGGCGGGACAUUAUCGCGAAAAUCCUAGAGUCGCAUUCGGCUUUGGACCAAAAAACGGCAUUCUCCCUUGCCAAGUACACCCUGCGAAAGCAGAAGAAGUACAUGAAGCGAUUUACAGUCUUUCCACUGGAUGUCAGCGCUCUCACGAGUUAUAUACUGGAGAAUCGGGAUUCUGCGUCAAAGGCGAUGGAGUUGCGCGACGAAUUGAUCGGCCUUAUUGGGUGUUGGGGAAACGUACACCAUGGUGGGGAUGCUUCUUUUGAAGGAGCUGUUCAGUCGAAACCCAACGGUCGCUAUCUCGUGGUGGAUGAGACAGGAGGCUUGGUGCUCGCGGCAAUGGCAGAAAGAAUGGGUCUGCUUUAUACCGACGAGGAGACGGACGAUGUAGAAACCCAACAACAAGGGUGCAGCGAAGACGGUAGCACAGAAGACGCGGAGCAAAAACCGGGUACACAGCAGCGUGCACCGCGCCCAGCACACAUGUCCGCCUCAGGAAACACCUUAACCCUGAUCCACGCAAACAAGCAGCCCAACACCGCGCUGCUAAAAUACUUCGGCUACGACCAGAGCAACCCAGACGAGUCGCACCCUCUCUAUACACAUCUCAAGACGAUAUCCUGGCUGCAGGUGUUAAACCCUGAAUCCGACCCGAUCUAUUCGCAGGAGCCCCCCGUUAUUCCUGAUGCUGAGCUAGCCACCUACAAAACCAAUAAGCGCAGCGCAUACUACCGGAAACGAAAUAGAUGGACCCGUGUUCGAAGUGUUGUCGACGAAGUCCGAGCCGGUGGCUACGACGGCCUCAUUGUCGCAACGCUGAUGAACCCAGAUAGUGUCCUCCAAUACGCGGUGCCUCUGCUCGCCGGAUCCGCCCCAGUGGUUGUGUACUCGCCCACCAUCGAGCCCCUCACCGAAAUCGCAGACCUCUACUCCACCGCCAGAAAAACCGCUUAUAUAACCAAGCGCCGAGAACUUGAGGAGGCAAACCCAGCACUGUCCGACGAACUCGAUCCAGGAUGCGAAUACCCCGAACUAAAGGCAGAGUUCCCUCUGAAUCCUACGCUGUUGCUCGCGCCCACCCUUGAAGCCACAAGAGUCCGUCCCUGGCAGGUUCUUCCGGGCCGCACGCAUCCGAUGAUGUCCGGUCGGGGAGGCGCAGAGGGCUACAUCUUCCAUGGCAUUCGCGUCCUUCCUACUCAAGAAAUGAUCCAAGCCGCCGGUAACCCAAGUCGCAAGAGGAGGAAGCUUGCGUCUUCUGCGCAAGCUAGUGCUACACCGGGAAGUCCAAGCGGAGUUGAUGUUGAGAUGCAGUCAUGA